AGAGAGAGAGAGAGAGAGAGAGAGGAGUAAGAGGAGAGAGAGAGGAGGAGGAAGAGGAGUGGAUAGUAAAGAGAGAGAAACAACAGAUGGAGGUUUUGUGUCACUGGGUGAGGAGGUGCUGCUGUGGUGACAAGGAAAAGGAGGAUGAGGAGGUGAAACAGAGGAGGGAUGAAGAGGAGGAGGAGGAGGUCAUGAUGGAGGAAAUAAGAUUCAGGAAGAGCACGAGCUCAACGUCACUUCAACCGGCUGAGGUGGGCGUGGUCCAGUCCGACUCGUCUCAUUGGUUCCACACGCUUCAGACGCGACGGCUGCGUGUUCAGAGAGGACGCAGCAACAGUGACCCGGUGGGAGGAGUCAGCUGUGAGGACGCCGUCACCUGGAGACCAGGUCUUCAGUUCGGAGCAGCUCAGUCAUACCUGAGUCUGGAGAAACUGGGCGAGGGAGCGUACGCCUCAGUUUAUAAAGGCAUCAGCAGGAUUAACGGCCAGCUGGUGGCGCUGAAAGUCAUUCGUAUGAAGACGGAGGAGGGCGUGGCAUUUACCGCCAUCAGAGAAGCGUCUCUUCUCAAAGGUCUGAAACACGCUAACGUCGUCCUCCUUCAUGACAUCAUCCAUACUAGCGACUCGCUGACAUUAGUCUUUGAAUACGUGCAGACGGACCUGGCUCAGUACAUGAACCAACAUCCUGGAGGGCUUCACUCUCAUAACAUCCGAAUCUUCAUGUUCCAGCUGCUGCGAGGUCUCUAUUACAUCCACAGUCGCAGGAUCCUCCACCGAGACCUGAAGCCUCAGAACCUGCUCAUCAGUUACCUCGGAGAACUCAAACUAGCCGACUUUGGUCUGGCUCGGUCUAAGUCCAUCCCCAGUCACACGUUCUCGUCUGAGGUGGUGACUCUGUGGUACCGCCCCCCCGACGUGCUGCUGGGAUCCACAGAUUACUCCACGGCACUCGACAUGUGGGGGGCUGGGUGUAUCUUCAUCGAGAUGCUGCAGGGGGCGCCGGCAUUCGCGGGAAUCACUGAUGUGUUCGAACAGCUCCAGAAGAUCUGGACGGUGCUUGGCGUCCCCUCGGAGGAUUCCUGGCCUGGAGUCAGUCUGCUACCUAAUUAUAAACCAGAGUGGUUUCAUCAGUCGGAGCCUAAACAGUUGAGGACUGUUUGGAAAAGGUUGAACCAGUUGCCAUAUAAGACCGAGGACCUGGUCCAGAGCAUGAUGAAGAGGGUUCCUACAGAUCGGAUCUCUGCCAAGGAGUCUCUGCAGCACGCGUACUUCAGCACGCUACCUCCUCCCAUCAUGCACCUCAGAGACAUGGUGUCGAUCUUCAAGGUUCCAGGUGUUCGUCUGGAGACUGAGGUCCGAGAUAUUUGUAAUCCCGGGCGACGAAUCAAACCGUCCCUGCUUCCCGCCGCCAUGCGCUGGUGAUUCAUGCUCCAACCAUCGUUAGCCUGAGGAGACGACAGGAAAACAAAGCUUCACCUUUUAAUUGCUAAAGAUUUCAACGUAAAGUACAUUUAGUAAAAGUCAAGAAACGUAACGUCAAACUUUCCUUGAAAAUAAAUGCACAAUGUUUAACAGUGAAAA